UCUAGAAUGAAACUACUCUUAAUUAACGAAAAUUGAAAAGUCACAAUAAUAAUAAUCAUAAAUUACAAAUUGUGAUUCACGUAAUAUAUCAAUAAAAAAUUAUUAUUUCAUUUCACUAAAUUCAAACUCUAUAAUAAAUGUCUUCCAAUCAAGUCUUAAUAAAGAAAUCUAAAGAAAUCAUUGAAGCAUCAAAGCUUAAACAUCAUGAAGCUGAAAUUUCUGAAUCUCUAUGGAUUGAACAAAUUCAAAUGUACAUUGAUAUUUGUGUAAAUAUUAAAAAUACUUUAAAUAAUCAACAAUUAAUUAAUGAUAAUCAACCUAUAUCAGCGUAUAUUUUUAUAAUUUUAGGCGGUAUUCUUGGUAAUUCUUAUACAACUUGUAAAUUACAUAGUAAUAAUCAAUUGAUUUCACUUAUUAAAGAUAUUUUCAAUAUAUAUUUAAUAAAAUUUAAUGUAAAAACAAUAGGACAGUUGUUAUUAAUUAAAAUUAAUCCAUUGUCAAAAUUGAAUACUUCAUCUAGUUUAGCUUCAGAGAUUUUAAAAUUAUCACUUGUUUAUUUAGCAAAAAAAUGUGACAAAUCAACUAAUAGUAAUGAUGAUGAAGAUUAUUCAUUAACUCAUUAUCCAUUAAUACGUGAUACAAUUGUAUGGUUAACUAUGGAACUUGAUUAUCCUGAAAUUUCUGAACAUGAAUUUAUUUCUAUUUUACAACCAUUUGGUUUAAGAUUAACAGAGGAUUAUCGUUCAUCUAUACAAUUAGCUGGUCUUAAUGUUUUAUAUAAUUUAGCAAAUAAAGCUAGGAUUGCUGACUGGCGUCAAAGUAAUCGAGCUGAAGCAGUUAUUUCACAAUUAUUAAAUCAUAGAAUUGCUUGUAGUUCAAAUUCAUCAGAAAUAUUACUUAAUAAACUUUAUUCAACUUUACUUGUUCUAACUAAUUUAUUAAGUAAUACAAAUUCAGCUAAUUGGUAUGAAAAAAUUACUGAAAGACUCUUAUUUGAUCUUUUAAUGGAAACACGAUAUAAACGUCAAUUGGUACUACUUAAACAUUUGUCAAAAUUAAUCGAUAUUUUGAAAGCGUCUUUCUCAUUAUUUACUCGACAAUUCAUAAAAGUCACCUCAAGUAUUUUACUUGGUCCACGGAAGUUAACACGUGUAAGUUCUUCAUAAUGUUUAGUUAUUAAAUUUCUUAAUUUUUUAUCAGCUUGUCAAUAUUUCGUCGUCAUAUUGUCCUGAAUUUUUACUUAUUUAAAUACACAAACAUUGGGACAAGAAAGUACCAAAUAUAUGUUCAUCACACGUCAUUCGAUUUGUAUGGGGCUAGAAUACUGUCCGGGUACCCAAACUGAAGCAGGUGGUUGUCUUAAGAGGUCACUCGCCGAACCUUUGAUCUAGAGGUCUAAUCCACAUGGCAGUGGAGCAACGUUAAGAGAUAUAGUCCUAUGGUAGUCGGUAACCAUCAAAUUAGUGUACCUCACUUCAGCAAAGUAACAAUGGAAAAUUUAAUCACAGCGAAAAAAUCAGUAGUCGUAGCACAAUAAUAUGAAUUCGUCUGUUUAGCGGAUCGUUUCCUGCUUAUAGCUAAAAUUAACGAUGUUGGUUUUUGUACUCGUACUCACUUUGAAACAUAAACAUAUUCGACUACAUCUACCUACCAGGUAGAAAGUAUGCAUUAAUGAGUAGUUUUAAACUGCAAUCUGGUGUUUCCUGGUUUUUGUUACUGUUUAGUCUGUUAAAAACUAGAUUUAAAUAAGUAUUACUUGGAAAUAGGAUAGUGAUUUUUCGUAUUAUUUGUUCAUUAGAAAAUAACUAUGCUUUUAUUUACCUUUUCAUAUUUAUCUAGAAUGGUAAAUCUGUCACUACUAAUGAGUCAAACGAAUAUGACACAGUCUAUGUGCUUAUGUUACAAUGCGUCAAUGAAUUUGUAAAAUCUUGUUGGCCACUAAUUUGUCCUACAUUGUUACCAGAUAUUAUUCCUCCACUGAUUGCAUUUAUUGAUCUGUUAUCUUGGGAUAAUAAAGGUGAAAUUGAAGAGAAUGAGACAUAUUCCCUCUUAAAAAGCUUAUUUGAAUCUCUUAUAAUAUUAGAACCACGUCUUUUAAAUGAUGUUCUACAGCCUUUGUGUGAUAUAAUUCCUCAUCUAAAGUUGUACCUUCCUUCUUAAGCAAUUAUUUUAUGUACAGUAUUCUUGCAUAUAUAUAUAUAGUAACAAAA